ACCAGAGGAAGCAAUGCUCGCGACACUUGAUUACGAAAGUCGUCGCCGAUUCUCCAUCUUCCUUUCCCGCAUAUCGGAGCUACCAUGCUUACAUCUCUGCUAUUCCUCUGGUUUAGCACAAUCGCCGCCGGCAGCAGCAGCAAUCCAGCGGAGGAAUUCGCCGGCGAUAUUUCAAUCGACUGCGGCUCUGCCGGCAAUUCGACGGCAGGCAAUGGCCGACAAUGGCUGGGAGACGUUGACAUUAACUCGCCCUACCUUCUUCGGAUUGAAGGUUUUUCAACCACUUCAACUGUUCUUCGUAAGAAUUUGCUGAUUUCCGGUGAUGAUAGUGAUAGAGUUCCCUACAGAACUGCGAGGAUCUCUCGUUCCCAAUUCUCAUACGCAUUUGGACCGAAUCCAGGUCAAAAAAUUCUUCGAUUCCAUUUUAUUCCUGCUCCGUACAAGGAUUCUAAAGGAUUUGAGGAUUUGUUCAGUGUUGAAGUCGGUUAUUUCACACUGCUUCGUAAUUUCAGCGCUUCAUUAGCUGCUCAGGCCCUUGGUGUGAAUUCUAUUGUGAAGGAAUUCUGUUUAUAUUUGGGAGAUAAUGAAAAAUUUGAUAUAGUUUUCUCUCCAUUACUAAAUUCAUAUGCCUUCAUAAAUGGAAUUGAGAUUAUUUCUGUGCCCUCCAGUUUUUCUUAUUUUGGUGAUGACGAUAAUGGCGUCCAAGUCGUUGGUCAGAAGUCUAAGGUGUCUGUUGAUUACAACACUGCUCUAGAAUUAAUCCAUAGACUAAGUGUUAGGCAGAUUAAUGAUCCAUCUAUUGAUGGUUUUGAUCACACAUAUCCUGUGUGGGUAAGUCAGAAGCUCAGCGUAGUUAAAAACAGCACCUGGAGAGUACCGGUUGAUGUGGGAUUCAGGUACUUUGUGAGGCUUCAUUUCUCUGGGAUAGCUCUCAAAAUCAUGGAAUAUGAUGAUUUGAUGUUUGAUGUCCUGAUUAAUGAAAAGAUUGUUCAUAGUAAUGUUGACAUUAUGAAUGAAAGGGAUGGGAAGAACAUUCCAAAGUAUGUGGACUAUCUGGCAGUGACGAGAGGGCAUAAAAAGCAGAGUAUAUGUGAUCUUGUAAUUAGUCUGCAUCUGUACGAUGAAUUCGUUGAUGGGAAUGGACUUGUUGAUGGAUUUGAAGUAUUUAAGCUGAGCAACAAUGGUGUCAUUCUUGCCAGUCCUAAUCCGUUGCCUCCAGAUCAUGAUGCACCACACUUGCCUUAUGUUUAUUGGUAUGUUAUUACAAGUCUUGUGGUAGUAGUUUUUUCUUUGGUAAUUGUAGUCAGGGAACCACAGAGUAAUCAACAGAGUGAAUCACAGAGUGAAACGCAGAGUGAACCACAGAGCAAUGAAAAACAACUAUCUCGUCGUUUUUCACUAUCUGAGAUCGAAUCAGCCACAAGAAACUUUAGCCACAAGUUAUUGAUUGGAGAGGGUGGGUGUGGUCAAGUGUACAAAGGGAUGAUUGAUAAUGGGAGAACUAUUGUUGCAAUAAAGAGGAUGAAACCACACUCCAGUGAAGGUGCACAUGAGUUUUCCAUUGGAAUCAAAACUCUUUCUGAGCUUCGACACGAUAAUCUGGUUUCUUUAAUUGGUUAUUGUGAAGAAGAUAGAGAAAUGAUUCUUGUUUAUGAUUAUAUGGCUGGUGGAACACUAGCCGACCGCCUAAAAGUGCCACAAGAGAACUACUCAUCUCUCACCUGGAUGCAACGCCUUAAUAUCUGCAUUGGAAUUGCUCGUGGACUGGACUAUCUUCACGACAGAUUGGGAAUUAUACAUGGUGAUGUAAAAACUGUGAACAUUUUGCUUGAUAAAAACUUGGUAGCAAAAAUUUCAGAUUUUGGCUUGGCCCAACAUGCCGACAGUAGCAAUCUAAAAACAGUUAGGGGCACUAUGGGGUACAUUGAUCCGCACUAUAUAUACACUGGUAGGCUAACAAAGAAAAGUGAUGUAUAUUCCUUUGGGGUGGUGCUGUUGGAAAUAUUGUGUGGCAGACUAGCCAUCAAUCAAAGGCUUCCAGAAAAUCAGCGAGUUUUGACCACGUGGGCUCGGGAGAACAUUAAUUCAGGGAAUGUUGAUCGAAUUGUGUCUUCACAUCUGAGAAAUGAAGUCUCAGAAAAUAGCGUGAAGGCUUUUGUAGCAGUUGUGGAAAGAUGCUUACAUUAUUCUGAACCAGAGCAACGGCCAACAAUGGCUGAAGCUGUCGUGCAACUCGUUCAAGUGCUUGAGCUUCAGGAUACCUGACUUGUGGCGCGGCGCCUGUGGACCACCAUACCACCAUGGCAACAAUAUGGCGAUCACAGUGUUAAAACUGAGAUGAGCUAACGUUUACUCAUUGGUCAUCCACAACAAGAACUUUAUCCAUGCCUUUCGUGGGCUGUUCGCUUCAACAUAAUAAUGGGGAUUGCUCAAGGACUAUAGUAUAUCUUCAUCAAGGUUGUGGACUAUAUAUCAUCUGCAUUGAUCUCAAUCUUGGAAACAUUUUGUUGGAUGCUGCUCUGAAUCCUAAAAUUUCUGAUAAUUCGUUUGCAAAGAUUGUUGAAGAAUACGAAUCUGAGUUGACAACCAGAGUAUAUGGGACCUUUGGUUAUCUGUGUCCAUAUUCCUAUGUCCAUGGGAAGGUGUCUGACAAAACAGAUGUGUACAACUUUGGUAUCGUCGUCCUGGAGAUUGUAGCCGGAAGAAGAUUUAACACAAGAUAUGGCAGCAGUUCAUCUGAUAUCGAACCUAUGAUUCUUGUACAGGAUGCUCAGAGGCUGUGGAAUGAAUGCAGGGAAUUAGAAUUGGUGGAUGAAUCACUUAGGGAUGAAUUUACAGGGGAAGAAGUUAAAAGAUGCAUUCAGGUUGCGCUGUUAUGCAUACAAAUCUCGCCUAACACUCGCCCAAAUAUGCUUUCUGUGCUCCGAAUGUUGGAAGGAUAUGAAGAAGUAUGGGAUCUUCCACUUGCAUCCUUCUGGGAUCCUUACUAAUUACUAAUGCGGCGACAAAGAACACUCCGACAUGGCAAAUUAUGUGAAAGAAGUUGAAAGAUGCAUUCAGGUUGCGUUGUUAUGCAUACAACUCUCGCCUAACACUCGCCCGAUUAUGCCUUUUGUGAUCCGAACAUUGGAAGGAUAAAAAGGUACCAAAUUUAUUUGUGUAGAUAUGUUUUGGAUUUUCUUAUUUUGUGAAUAGGAAAACUUUAAGGCUGUGUAUUUCCACAAGUUACAUGCAUAUUAUAUAUGUACAACAAAAAAUGUAUUAGCUAUAGUAAGAGAGGCUAUAUAUAUAUAUAUAUAUACACAAAUGUGAAAUAGGGGAAUAACAUAAUAAGAUUUAUUAUACUCUUAAUCUAAUGUUGGCUAUAGAUUUAUUAUACUCUCAUCCAUAAUUAUUAGUGUAGAGAUAGAAUGGCAUCCAAACAUCUUGAGCUUCUUCGGAAUCUUUUGUGCAUAAUUAUUUUUACAAAUACUAUCUCUUAGAUUUCCAUUCCCAAAAAUUAUCAAAGCAAUCCUAUGUCACCCAUUUUUUUUGAGCCAUAGAAUUCUUCAAUCAUUUCACUUCCGCCUAUGAGGAUCCUGUCAUCGAAAGAAAAGGUAACAAUGAGAGUAUCGGUACCUUGAUGCUUAGUGUACAGUACUGGUUCAUUCUUGAUUUUCAGGAUUCCACUUUAGAUAAAGUAACCAUUUAUUUCGUUGUACCACGAUCGAGGUGCCUGCUUUAGGCCACACAAUGCUAUUUUUAAUCGAUACACCUUGUCUUACUUGCCUUUGAUGGAUCAGCGUAUAUUCCUUUGGAUACGGAGCCAUUCAAGAAUGCGGACUUUACAUCAAGUAGGUAAAAGUAUCCUUCCUUUGCUUGUGAUAAGUGUGAUGUUGUUUCAAAUCAAUUUUUCCAUGUGGUGAAUAUCUUUUGGUACCGAGUCUAGCCUUGUCUUGUUGAACUGACCUAUAAGUAUUAUGUUUGACUUUGUAAAUCCGCUUGACUCCGAUGUCGUCUUUAUUUGCUGGCCUAUCAGCAAGUUUUUAAGUUUGGUUUUUCUCGAUCA